AAAAGGCCAAAAAGAAGGAGGGCCACGACUAGACUAGACUAGACGACUAGACUAUUAGACUAUCUACAAAUAUGAACCAUUGAAGGUAGCUACUAAAUGAUGGAUCUGCAGGCCUUGCUGGAGGACAGAGGAGCAGCACUGACCUCACCCGACACUGCAAUACAGACCGAUCAACUGAUUCAGAGUUGGAUUAAUGAUGUUCGACUCGAGUCCAAAGCUCUGCCCACUUCCAGUGACUCCCUGUCCUCUGUCGACUGGCUACACGGAGACGCAGGUCAAAGUGCAAAGGCCAUAGUUCAAGAUCUAAUGACAAAAAAUUUAGACAUCAGGACUAAAAGCGUUAAAAAAUCGCACGAUCCAACGGUUUCCAUGGAUAUGAGACAUAAAAAGGUGCGUGAGAGACGUGUUGCUAGGGAACAGAGGAAGGCUCGUCAGUCAGCGAGGGAGUCCCUGGCUAACAAAGCUCAUCAAGAAGCCACAGAAAUAGUGAAAAUGGAGGAAACGCAAUCACUGGCAAGACGUAAACGAGACGAACAAAUAAUCGCUCAUCACAUGACACAAAUUAGGGCGGAGCUCCGAGAGAAAGAGCGGCGCUCCCGUUUGGUUGCCGUGGAUACCAUUCCGUUAAUCAACCCAGUAGCGGAAGCGGAGAAAUUCAUUAAAGACGAGCGAAAACGUCAAUCGACUAGAAUUGAAUUAUUGAAGCAAUUGGAGGAGAUUGAAUUGCUAGACGCCAAGAGCAACGUCAAGUUGUUACACAACUGUUUCAGUCGUUGGUAUCAGAUGGUGGUCAUCGAGCGCGGUAAAGUUGUGAAGGCUGCGGCCGUGUGUGAGUGGAGACUGCUAGCGAAGGUGUGGGGGGCGUGGCUAGGGUGGGUGGGGACGUGUCAGCGACGGAGAGAGAGGGAUCAGACAACCAGAGAACUACAGAGACACAGAAUUUUGUACCAGCGAGCCAGCUCCCAUCAUCGCUCCAGACUCCUCUCCAAGAUUCUGAGGGGGUGGGGGACGUGGGUACAGCGGGUACAAGCCGAGAGACGAGAAGAGGCAACAAAGGUCGUGUACAAAAAGAAGAUGGAAGCCCUACUAGCAGCUGCUGCACAGAGAGUGGUCAACAUUAAUGUGCCUCCAGUUGAAGUUGUUCAUGUGCCCUCCAAACCUCGCCAGAAAAUGACCCCCUCACAACGUACAGACACUAUCCAAUCAUCUCCAACCCCCACAAACCCCCCCAUAUCAGCUACCCCCAUACAACCAAAGCCCCCCAUAUCGGCUACCCCCAAACCAGUGACCCCCUUACAACCAAAGCCCCCCAUACUUCAUCAGCCAUCAGCACAACAUUCACUGUGGAAGACGGCCAAGGAUGAGAUGGCUCAAGUAUUGGCAAGAGUGGAAUCUGAGACUACAAAGAACGACAAGAAGACCACCUCCAUUGUUAAAAAAGACACCAAAAAACGGCCACCGAACAAAAUCACUCGCCCAAUUCCACUAUCAGCUAUGGAGCAUAGAUCAACUGCCAUGGCAGAGCGUAGGGCUGCUCGUGUGGCGAGACAGACAGCGCGUGAGGAGGAGAGACUAGAGGCUCUGGCUAGAGAGGAGGAAGAGAGGACGAGGGCAGAGACUGAGGCAAGGAGGGAGAGGGAGGUCACUAGGAGAGCUGAGAGAAUGGCUGCUAAACAGCGUGAAUUGGAACGUGAAGAGAGGCGGAAUCAAAUGGAGACACUCAACCAGAAGGCCAGCGACCAUUACAAACUAGCUCUACUUCGAAGCAAAGGUCUAAAUGCGUGGGUGAGAUUCACUGUGGCUAUGAGGGACGGGAGGGCACUAGCGGACAAAGUCAGAGGUCAAUCUCUCGUUAAGCGGACGUUUGUGAGAUGGAAGGUGGUCAGAGGGCAAAGGUCAAUGGCUCGAAAUAGAAUGGCUGAUGAGUUACAUAAUCGACAUCUUCAGAAGCAGUCCAUGAAAGCAUGGAAAGAGUACAUGGUUGAGUGUGUUCGGUUGGAAGUGCUGGCCGGGGCUAGUGUGAUCAGACUGUUGACUAGGCGUGUGUUCCGAGGCUGGUCACGGCUCACUAGAGAGGGGAGAGUGAGGGGGUGGGAGAUGGACAGGCAGGCACGGAAAAUGCACGAGAGGCGUCUCAAGAGUCGAGUGCUGCAUUGCUGGGUGACCUUUGUACCCUUGUCCCGAGAGGAGAAGGCACAAGAGAGCAGGAGGGCACAGCUGAGACGCAAGGUGGCGUCAUGGUUACAAGACUACUCCCCCACCACUGAACAUUGACUCUAUUAUGUUAUUUACUAGGGCAGCCUAAUAUCACUUAUGUUGUAUCAUGUGUUUUCCUUGUGUUGUGAAAACUGCAAU